AUGGCGGCGGGAGGGGAGGAGGGCUGCGAGCACUACCGGCGCGGCUGCCUGCUGCGGGCGCCGUGCUGCGGGAAGCUGUACGCCUGCCGGCUGUGCCACGACGGCGCCGAGGGGCACCGGCUGGACCGUUUCCGCGUUGCCGAGGUGCAGUGCACUCGCUGCCGUCUGCUGCAGAAGGCCCAGCAGCGCUGCGAGGGCUGCCACAGCCUCUUCGGCGAGUACUACUGCGGUAUCUGCCACCUCUUCGACCGCGACAAGAAGCAGUACCACUGCACCGAGUGCGGCAUCUGCAGGAUUGGUCCAAAGGAGGAUUUUUUUCACUGCUCAAAAUGCAAUUUAUGCCUAAGCUUGAGUCUUCGAGGAAAGCACAAAUGUAUCGAAAAUGUCUCCAGGCAGGACUGUCCGAUAUGUUUGGAGGAUAUUCACACAUCUCGUGUUGGAGCUCACGUUCUGCCGUGUGGUCACCUUCUUCACAGAACAUGUUACGAGGACAUGCUAAAGGAAGGUUACAGGUGUCCUUUGUGCAUGCACUCAGCUUUAGAUAUGACGAGGUACUGGCGUCAGCUGGAUGACGAAGUAGCGCAGACUCCUAUGCCCGCAGAGUAUCAGAACAUGAUGGUGGAGAUCCUUUGCAAUGACUGCAGUGCCCGGUCUACAGUGCAGUUCCAUCUCUUAGGCAUGAAGUGCAAAAACUGUGAAUCUUACAAUACUGCCCAAGAUGGAAGAUGCCGGCUGCCUUUGGAGGAGCAGUGACCAAGACACGCGCUGCAUUUGGCUGGACGAGGAAGACUAUGCCAUGGAAGAGACUAUCUAUUUGAAGGGGAAGAAAAAAAAAAAAAAAACAAACGCUUGUCAGUAAAAAUUUAUUCAAAGUUGUCAUGGUACCAGUGAAAUGAUUACAAGAUUUAAUUAAUGCUGGUGCAAAGGAGUUGUGCUCAUUGUGCCCCCCUCCCUAGUACCUGGGGCCAGCGAAGUCAGGCCCGUGAGGAAAUUCCCCAUCGAGCAGCGUGAUGCCCGAUGAAGGUUAGUUUCUAGAGAGAACGGCACCGUUUAAGAGAGCCGUUUACUGUGUCAGAGAAGAGACGGCCUAGAAGAAUAGCUAACACGAUGCAAAAUGAGAAGUGGUAAGCGGCUGACAUGGCAGAAGAUGUUUUGGGGCAGCUGAAGGUUGUGAGCGUAACAGGAGGUGGAGGUACAGCUAUUCUGGUUGCAGCUGGUGGGGAAAAUUGGUGGCUCUGAGAGCGGCCUUUUUCCAUGAAGCUGACAUCUGCAAAGUUUCGUGCGAGUACCUUUUUCCUUGUCCAUGACGUGUUUGUUCUAGGGCCUCAGAGCCAUCGGUGUGAGUGGCCGAAGAGGGUGAGCUUGCAGAAAUUGCCGUCCCUUGGCUUGAUUUGUUGACACGUGCGUGCGCACGGCACGUGUACAGAAUUCGCUUCGAAACAAGGCUGGCCUGCCUGCGUACGUGUGAUGAAUGUCCUAAAAAUCAAGCUGCAAGGCUGCCCUUCUCCUCCGGACACCCAUCUGACCUGCUGUCUCUUCACUUGGAUUCCUUUGCCGGCUGCAGUCGCGUUUACACCGAUUUCUUCCUCAUUUCGCUUCAUUCAUUUACAAAGGGCGAGGCGUCGUAGGGUUUUAGACACGUAUGUAGCUUGAUGUUUUGACAGUUAAGUACGCAAAGUGAAGCACAUACUAUUGUCCUGUCAGGAUUGACGUCGGGCUGUCUAAUCGGGCUGAGCCUGAGAUGUCUGCUAAAGCAACAGCAGUUCAUAGAGGCACUCGAGUAGUGCGGGGACCAAUUUUCUGUGGUUUUGGGGUUUUUUAAUGGUAUCUGAUUUCACGGCG